AUGGUGUCCUGCCCCAACCUGCAGAAGGAGACAGUGUUCCAGGCAGGAGCACAUGCCUACAGAAUCCCUGCUCUGCUCUACCUGCCUCAGCAGAAGACCCUGCUGGCUUUUGCGGAAAAACGAACGAGCAAGAAGGAUGAGCACGCGAAGCUAAUUGUCCUGCGCAGGGGAAGCUACGACGCAUCAGCCCACCAGGUCCAGUGGCACGCCCAGGAGACGGUGGCCCAAGCCCAGCUGAAGGGCCACAGGUCCAUGAACCCAAGCCCCUUGUACGAUGAGAAGACAGGGACCCUCUUCCUCUUCUUCAUUGCCAUCCCGGGGCAGGUCUCUGAGCACCAUCAGCUCCGUACCAGGGUCAACGUGACGCGGCUGUGCCAAGUCACCAGCACCGACCACGGGAGGUCCUGGAGUCCUGCCAGAGACCUCACGGACUCAGCCAUCGGCCCAGCCCACAAGGACUGGGCCACUUUUGCGGUGGGCCCAGGACACUGUCUGCAGCUGGACAACCAGCCCCGAAGCCUAGUGGUGCCAGCCUACGCUUACCGGAACCUCCCCUUCCCGCGGGGGCCUUCCCCCUCUGCCUUCUGCUUCAUCAGCCAUGACCAGGGGUGCACGUGGCUGAGAGGGCACUUUGUGGCCCAGGAAAGCCUGGAGUGCCAGGUGGCUGAAGUUGGGGAUGUAAAGCAGAGGGUGGUGUAUCUGAAUGCCAGGAGCCCCCUCCGAGCCAGGGUCCAGGCCGAGAGCGCCAAUGAUGGGCUGGAUUUUAGGGAGACCCAGCUGGUGAAGAAGCUGGUGGAGCCCCCCCAUGGCUGCCAUGGGAGCAUCGUCAGCUUCCCCAGUCCCCGGGUGGGGUCAGGCUCCCCAGACCGGUGGCUGCUCUACACCCACCCCACUGACCCACAGCGGAGAUCCAACCUGGGCGUGUACCUCAACCGGUGGCCCCCCGCGCCCUUGGCCUGGUCAGAGCCCACCCUGCUGGCCACAGGCAGCUGCGCUUACUCUGAUCUUCAGAGCUUGGGUGCCGGCCCCGAUGGGUCACCCCAGUUUGGGUGUCUGUACGAAUCGGAUGAUUACGAAGAGAUUGUCUUCAUCAUGUUCACCCUGAAACAAGCCUUCCCAGCUGAAUGUUUCUGCAGUGAGCAGUCAGUCCACUGUGCACUGCCCUAA